AUGUCUUUCCUCGGAGGUUCAUCCGCCGCUUCAGGCGCCAGCCAGACCCAGGCCAUCAAGCAACAAGUCGCCCAAGAAGCCGCCGUCGCCAACGCAAGACAACUCGUCGAGAAACUCAACGAACACUGCUUCGAGCGCUGCAUCCCCAAGCCCGGUUCUUCGCUGUCGUCAGGCGAGUCGACCUGCUACUCGCAGUGCAUGGAAAAGUACAUGUCGGCUUGGAACGUCGUGUCUAAGCAAUACAUCAACCGCAUACAGAGAGAGGCUGGUGCAGGAGGCAUCAUGUAA